UCUACACAUCCUUGUCUAGAAACCUUCUGGGUUUUCUUUGUUAUGGAACAGAAGAAUGCAGUGCCAUCCUGGGUUAACCCGGCGCUGGUCAACUGGAGACUGGACUCUUUUGGUAGCGAUGCUGGGCAAAGGGUUCAUGUGGAGUUUUAUGUGGAUGAGAACACGUUUAAAGAGAGACUUAAACUUUUCUUCAUCAAAAACCAGAGAUCCAGUUUAAGGAUCCGAAUAUUUAACUUCUGUCUGAAGCUUUUGACAUGUGUUCUUUACAUUAUACGAGUAAUGACGGACAAUCCGGCCCAGCUCCUCAACACAUGCAUCAACUGCAACAGCACCACCCAGACCAAUGAGAUCAACUGGGAGCUGAUAUUGUGGGUAGACAGAAAAAUACCGGUGUGGGCAAUUCAGGUGAUUGUAGCAUCCAUUAGUUUUAUGGAGGCCAUGUUGCUGAUGUACCUCAGCUACAAGGGUAAUAUUUGGGAGCAGAUAUUUCAGGUGUCUUUCCUACUGGAGAUGUUGAAUACAGUCCCGUUCAUCAUAACGAUCUUCUGGCCGCCUCUAAGAAACCUGUUUAUCCCAGUGUUCCUCAACUGCUGGCUCGCCAAGUGUGCUCUGGAGAGUAUGAUAAACGAUCUGCACAGGGCGAUUCAGAGAACGCACUCCGCCAUGUUUAACCAAGUUCUCAUUCUUAUCUGCACACUUUUAUGUCUCGUUUUCACUGGCACAUGUGGUAUCCAGCAUUUAGAACGUGCUGGUAAGAAGAGCCUGUCUCUCUUUAACGCUUUGUAUUUUUGCAUCGUAACCUUCUCCACGGUGGGCUUUGGCGACGUGACGCCUCAGAUCUGGCCGUCUCAGUUGCUGGUGGUGGUGAUGAUUUGUGUGGCUCUGGUAGUGCUGCCCCUACAGUUUGAAGAGUUGAUUUAUCUGUGGAUGGAAAGGCAGAAAUCUGGGGGAAACUACAGCAGACAUCGGGCUCAGACGGAGAGGCAUGUGGUCUUGUGUGUGAGCACCCUCAAAAUCGACCUGCUCAUGGACUUUCUUAAUGAGUUCUAUGCUCACCCACACACACAGGAUUAUUACGUGGUGAUUUUAUGUCCAUGUGAAGUAGACGUCCAGGUGAGGAGGAUAUUGCAGAUUCCACUCUGGUCUCAAAGGGUAAUUUACCUGCAAGGCUCCGCCCUCAAAAACCAGGAUCUACUCCGAGCCAAGAUGGACGAUGCCGAAGCUUGUUUUAUUCUCAGCAGCAGGAAUGAAGCUGAUCGCAUGGCUGCAGAUCAUCAGACCAUCUUGAGGGCUUGGGCCGUGAAGGACUUUGCUCCAAACUGCCCUCUCUAUGUCCAGAUACUUAAACCCGAAAACAAGUUCCAUGUUAAAUUUGCAGAUCACGUUGUGUGUGAGGAGGAGUUUAAAUAUGCCAUGCUAGCUCUGAACUGUCUGUGUCCGGCCACUUCUACACUGAUCACUUUACUGGUCCACACGUCUCGCGGACAAGAAGGGCAGCAGUCUCCGGAGCAGUGGCAGAGGAUGUACGGGCGUUGUUCGGGUAACGAGGUGUAUCAUAUCCGCCUGGGUGACAGUAUGUUCUUCAGAGAGUACAACACCAAAAGCUUUACCUACGCUGCCUUUCACGCCCACAAAAAGUACGGUGUGUGUAUGAUCGGUGUGAAGAGAGAAGAUAACAAGAGCAUUUUGUUAAACCCUGGACCUCGUCAUAUCAUGGCUGCCAGUGACACUUGUUACUACAUCAACAUUACAAAGGAGGAAAACUCUGCCUUCAUCUUCAGACAGAAAGCAGAUCAGGGAAAGGGGCGGAGCCACUGUGAUAUUUUAAACAGCCCAUCUGGUCUGCCUGUUCAUAGCAUAAUUGCAAGCAUGGGAACAGUUGCUUUGGAUUUUGAGAACACCAGUCCCACUGAAACUGGCAUCAAACUGGCUCCACCCGCAGAGAACGAUGUCGGAAGUCGCCGCCCAAGCAUAGCUCCCGUUCUGGAGAUAGCUGACUCCGCCUCCUUACUGCCAUGUGAUCUGCUUAGUGACCAAUCAGAAGAUGAGGCCGGCCACUCGGAUGAAGACGUAACAGCUAAUGAAUUUGUUAAAGGAUACCCCCCAAACUCUCCUUAUAUCGGGAGUUCCCCGACCCUCUGCCACCUGCUACCCCAGAAAGCCCCUUUCUGCUGCCUACGGCUUGACCAGAGCUGCGACCACGUUAGCUUUGAAGAUGCAAAAGCAUAUGGCUUCAAAAACAAACUAAUCAUAGUUUCCGCAGAGAUGGCAGGAAACGGCCUUUACAACUUCAUAGUGCCUUUAAGAGCCUAUUACAGACCCCGGAGAGAACUCAACCCUAUAGUCCUGCUGUUAGACAACCUACCUGAUGACCACUUCCUUGAAGCCAUAUCCUGCUUUCCAAUGGUGUACUACAUGGGCGGCACCAUUGACAAUUUGGACAGCCUGUUACAGUGUGGGGUUUUGUGUGCUGAUAAUCUUGUGGUGGUGGAUAAAGAGAGCACUAUGAGUGCAGAAGAAGACUACAUGGCCGACGCUAAAACUAUCGUCAACGUGCAGACCAUGUUCAGGUUGUUUCCAAGUCUCUGUAUAAUAACAGAACUGACUCACCCCUCGAAUAUGAGAUUCAUGCAGUUCAGAGCGAAGGACUGUUACUCUCUCGCCCUGUCUAAACUAGAGAAGAAAGAACGUGAUAAAGGUUCUAAUCUCGCCUUCAUGUUCCGUCUACCAUUUGCGGCUGGUCGAGUCUUCAGUAUCAGCAUGCUGGACACACUUCUCUACCAGUGUUUUGUGAAGGACUACAUGAUCCCAAUCGCCAGAUUACUGCUCGGGCUGGACACCACUCCUGGAUCAGGGUUCCUGUGUGCUAUGCGUGUGUGUGAAGCUGACCUGUGGAUCCAUACAUAUGGGAGAUUGUUCCAGAAGUUCUGCUCGUCUAGUUCAGAGAUUCCCAUCGGAAUCUACCGCACAGAAUCACACUCACCUUCUGAGUUUCAAGGUUCUGUCAGCACUGAGGGCUUAAACGACACCAGGGAGAAAGGGGAGGAGUCAAAGUUCCUCACCCGGAGCUCCUCCAGCAGUGACCAAUUAGAGCACCCGCUCCUGAGAAGGAAAAGCAUGUACUGGACGAGGCGUCUUAGUAGGCGGAGUGUGAAGAGGAGUGACUCCGCCCUCAGCUCCAUCCAGCAGCGACUGGGAGUGUCACGGCGCUCAGAGAGGGAGGAGCUUACGGAACUGGUCAGAAACCGUAUGCAGCACCUGGGCCUGCACACAGCUGGAUACAAAGAUGUUACAAAUCUAACAGCCAGUGACGUGAUGAACAGAGUGAAUUUAGGCUAUUUGCAAGAUGAGUUGAAUGACCAGCAGAACUCAAUUUCAUAUGUUCUCAUAAACCCCACCCACGACACGCUGCUGCAGCUCAACGAUGUUGUGUUCUUGAUCCGUCCAGAUCCACUGGCUCAUGUACCCGAUGCUCUGCCUGUACAGAACCGUCGCUGCUGCCGGUCCACAACAGACACAUAAGAACUCAACGAGGUUUAACUGGUCAGGAUUUAUCAAUUAGAUCAAAUACAGCCACAGUGAUCCAGCUUAAAACCCACAUUACAACACCACAAUAAUGUUCUAAAGUGCUGUCGAUGCUUUAAUAAAACGCAGUACUUCUCACCAGCUGCUAAACCUUUCACACUUGCUCAUAUAAACUCUUUCUGGUUCAUAGUUCAGAUUAAUCGGGGAUAUUAUGGUCUAGGAUCAGCAUAUAAUCAGAGAAAAGUGUAAAGAAAAAAAAGCACUGAAUCAUAAGUUAAAGACAGGGUUUACAUCAAAGGUGUAACAAUUUAUGGGUAGAGCAAUGAAAGAUGCAAUGUUGUAGACUAGACAGUAGGGGGCGAUUGAUGUCACAGCAAAACUAAUAGUGCACUUACCUUUGCAACAGGCUUUUUUCACAAUCAUGUAUGGUAAAGUCCAGUUGCGGUCAUGUUAACAACUUACAGUGGCCCCAGAAAUUAUUUGGUCACUUAAGUCACUCUUAAAAUUGUCUGAAUGCUAUUAAUUUGGUAACGAAAUAUCAAUGAAAGUGCUGAGAUUCUGCUAGAGCUUUUCUCUGAACUAACUUCACUUUUCUGAGUCAUUUCUGCUGGUGAUUUUUUGUAGUUCAUCACAUUAACUAUUUGACAUGUUUUAGUGUUUGAUAACCAGAAUGUGUCCAAAUGCAUUCUUCACAUGUCUUAAUUUUGAACAGUGUCUAUUGUUUUAGCAUUUGAAGUCCAACACAUUUUAUGAGAUUUACCUAACAAAGUGUGCAACUUGGUGUGUAUUUAUUUAGUUAUUUAAUUAACUAAGAUUUAAUCUAAUGCAAUGACAUUUAUACAUUUUAAAGAGUAGUUUAAGUUUCUUUAACACUUUUUGGGGUCAUGGUGUGAUUUUCAGCAUUGUUAUUAGGGAAAAUGCAUUUUUGCAAUUUGAAUGCAAUACAUUUUAUGUCUUAGAUUACUGGCUUACAUUGUUCUUCAGAACUGAUCUCAGACUUUAAACAUUUUAAAAUCCAUCUUUUUUGAAUAGUGAUGUUUUGUUAUUGCUUAAUGUUAGUUUUAAAUGUGACCAAAUUCAACUUUGAUUGCAUUUCUGUCGUCUGUACACUGGUAACAAUAAAACGUGGAACUUGUUGAUAUUGUAAUUACACAUACAGUAGAAUGUAAUGUGUAUGUCAGAUAUUUUUGUGGUAUUGUGCCUUUUGAAUUAAAUUG